AUGACGCGCGUUCUUCUGCUCGUGGCAGCGAUCGCGGCGGCCGCCGCCCACGGUGAGGUCAUCAAUCAGUCGGCGAAGCGCACGUUGGACCUGACCAAGCACGUGGUGCGCGAGUACACUGAGUUCCAGUUCUCCGACACUGACGCAGAGGUGACAGAGUACGACGUGUCGUUCCCUCGUGCUCUUGAGACGCACCUGGCGAACGUCUCGGCCCGAUGUGGCAAAUCUCUGUGCGAGAUCGUGCCGGCUACGCAGAAAAACGCGGCCACGACGUCGAAGGACGGGGCGCUCUACACUGUAUUGCUGAAGGAGCCUGUUGCCAAAGGCGAGACGGGAUCUGUCAAGGUAACGGCUUACUUCACGCGCUUGCUCACGCCGUACCCGGCAGAGAUCGCGCAGCGCGACGAUCAGCUCGUGCUUUUCAAGGCAAGCCACCUCGUCUCGUCGCCCUACUUGACCAAGACGCAGACAACAAAGCUGAAGUUACCAAGCGGUAAAGUGGAGAGCCUACAAGCUGCAGAGCCAGUUGUGAGAAAGGGAUCGACGGCCACGCUUGGCCCGUACUCGAACAUUGCGGGGCUGGCUGCUAGUGUGGAGACUGCGCCCUUGAGCGUGCACUACAAGAAUCACGCCCCUUUUCUGACAAUCACCAAGCUGACGCGCGAAAUCGAAGUGUCGAUGUGGGGUCGUGUGUCGUUUGAAGAGGUUUAUGACAUGGAGCACACCGGUGCUAAGCUCAAGGGCGGCUUCUCCCGAUUCGAUUAUGUACAGCUUCACCAGCACAGCGCCUCGUUCUAUGACAUGCACGCUCGAUUGCCGAAGGACGCGGUGAAUGUGUACUAUCGCGACCAGAUCGGCAACAUCUCGACGUCAAACCUGCGUCCAGCUAGCCGCACGGGCUCGUACCAGGACUUGUUGUUCAGACCGCGCUUUCCUAUGUUCGGUGGCUGGAAGAGCCAAUGGUACCUCGGCUACUCUGUCCCCACGCACUCGGUGCUGAGUCACGUCGGUGACAGGUUCAAGCUGUCGGUGGACUUUUCGACGGCUCUUCAGGGCGCGUCUGUGGAUGAUCUGACUGUGAAGGUGAUCUUGCCCGAAGGUGCAACCAACGUGCAGAUCAGUGUGCCGUUCAGCGUGGAGAGCACGAGCACGACCACGCGACAGACGUACCUGGACACCCCCGCGAUCGGCCGGCCUGUGCUGAUUUUGGACAAGAAGAACGUUGUGGCCGCCCACAAUGUGCCCUUCGAAGUGACGUUUGAUUUCCCGCAGUACUUCAUGAUGCACGAGCCGCUGCUGCUGGUGUCAGCAUUCCUGAUCUUCUUUCUCGUUUGCAUGCUGCUCUUCCGACUGGACUUCAGCAUUGCCAAGAAGUCCGCGCAGAAGAAGCCGAAGAUGGAAUAA